AUGGUGAAGGCCAGUAAUCCGUGGAGUGAAGUGGAGCUUAUCCCCAAGGCCGACCGAAAGAAGAUCCACGAGUACCUCUUCCGUGAGGGUGUCCUCGUCGCAAAGAAGGACUACAACCUCCCAAAGCACAACGACAUUGACACCAAGAACCUCUACGUUGUCAAGGCCUGCCAAUCUCUCACCUCCCGUGGCUACGUCAAGACCCAAUUCUCGUGGCAAUACUACUACUACACCCUCACCCCCGAGGGUCUUGACUACCUCCGAGAAUGGCUCCACCUUCCCGCUGAGAUUGUCCCAGCUACGCACAUCAAGCAACAGCGAUCCCACGCUCCUCCUCGCGGAAUGAUGGGUGGUGAUGACCGUGAGAGAAAGCCUUUCGGUGGACGCGGUGGCCGUGGCGGUGACAGAGAUCGUGAGGGAGGCUACAGAAGACGUGAUGCUGGAGAGGGCAAGGAGGGUGCACCAUCUGGAGAGUUCGCUCCUCAGUUCCGUGGUGGAUUCGGACGUGGCCGUGGUGGUGCCCCUGCUUCUUAAUUUGGCAUUUUGUUCAGCUUGCUUGUGCAUCCGACAGAAAUACCUCAUACACACU